UUUUUGACACGCUGUAGAUCUGCUCUAAUAGCCUAUCGCAGUUUGAGACCCUCACUUAACAGUCACACACAUACACACACACGGCUGAACCAAAAAAAGCACACUGCUGAACUCCACCGGUGGGGGGGACACAGAUACCAGAUGAGAUUUGUUUCCAAACGCGCACCGAUGGCGGUGUGAGGCGUUUGGCUGAGAAGUACGCACGGCGUUUGUGGAUUUGUGAAACCCAUUUUUUUUGGUGUGCAUCUUCUUCCUGUCUGGAUCCUGCUUGCGGGGGAAUAAACAAAGCUAUGGAUUACUCAGUCUGCUUACUUUUACUCCUGUCAACCAUUUCGUCUGUGUCGACCGGAGAAUUCCCAACAGCGCAGAUGAUAAAGGAAUGGGUGGACCAGAUGCAAAAGGAGUUGAUCUCAUUAACAGACACAGCCAGUGGUAUGGAAAACCUAAUACAGAUAUAUCACCAACACAGACCUCACUUCAGCGUGGAAACCAACAAUGCAAGGGAACUGGUGGCGACGGCUGCUGGGAAUAUAGACAAACUGCUGGCUAACCGCUCCCGAGCCCUAAAGAGGCUGGCAAUAGCAGCAGAAAAGUUCCAAAUGGAUCACGAUUGGAGGGACGACAGUGAGAUCGACAAAAUGGUUUACUACAACGCCAAAGACGACCUUAAUCAGACAGAUGAUGGAAAAGGGAGGAAGAACCGGUAUUUUCCAGAUGAUUUUGAGAUAGACCCUGACUUCAAACGACUCGUCUCCUACAACACCACCGCCGUCCACAUCCCUACGGACAUAUACGAAGGCUCCACCAUUAUAUUAAAUGAGCUAAAUUGGACGGAGGCCUUGGAGGAUGUUUUCCGGGAAAACAAAGAGGAAGAUCCCUCGCUCCUCUGGCAGGUGUUUGGUUCUGCCACCGGAUUGACUCGAUACUACCCAGCAUCUCCUUGGAUCGACUCGAGAAAUUCAGUCAAUAAGAUCGACCUGUACGAUGUGCGCAGGCGGCCGUGGUACAUUCAGGGGGCAGCGUCACCCAAGGACAUGCUGAUCCUGGUGGAUGCGAGUGGCAGCGUUUCAGGUCUCACCCUCAAACUCAUCAAACAAUCCGUCAGCAACAUGCUGGAGACGCUCUCUGAUGAUGACUUCGUCAACGUGGUUUAUUUCAAUGACAAGGCGACUUACGCGGCGUGCUUCGAGAACCUGGUGCAGGCCAACGUCCGCAACAAGAGGUUGCUAAAAGAUGCUGUGCAGAGCAUCACAGCCAAGGGCAUCACCAACUACAGAGGCGGCUUUGAGAUGGCCUUCCAGCAGCUCGCACAGUUGAAUGUGUCUAGGGCGAACUGUAACAAGAUUAUCAUGCUCUUCACUGACGGAGGAGAAGAGAGGGCGGAGGAGAUCUUUGAGAAGUACAACCCAAACCAAGCGGUGCGAAUUUUUACGUUUUCAGUCGGUCAACACAACUACGACAAAGGACCAAUACAGUGGAUGGCCUGCAAUAAUAAAGGCUACUACUAUGAGAUCCCAUCUAUAGGAGCCAUCAGGAUCAACACUCAGGAGUACCUGGAUGUUUUGGGCAGGCCUAUGGUUAAAGCUGACAGAAGGGCCAAGCAGGUUCAGUGGACCAACGUCUACCUGGACGCUCUGGAGCUGGGCCUGGUGAUCACUGGGACCAUGCCUGUCUUCAACAAGACCAGCACAGGCCCCAAGAAAUAUCAGAACCAGCUCAUCUUGGGGGUUGUGGCUAUUGAUGUUUCCCUGGAAGAUAUCAAGAGACUGACGCCCCGCUUUACUUUUGGACCAAAUGGCUACUACUUUGCCAUUGACCCCAAUGGAUACGUGCUGCUCCAUCCUAAUCUCCAGCCACUGACUCCCAAGUUUGAUGAACCUGUUACGCUGGACUUCCUGGAUGCAGAGCUGGAGAACGAGAUCAAAGUGGAGAUAAGGAAAAAAAUGAUUGAUGGUUUAACAGGAAAUUACACAAUAUCUACUUUGGUGAAAUCCCAAGAUGAGCGCUACAUUGACACGUGUCAGAGGACGUACACCUUUGCACCGGUGAAGGGGACAGAUUACAGCCUGGCCCUGGUCCUUCCCGACUCCAGCAUGCAUUACAUUCGGGCCAACAUCGCCGACACAAUCACCCAGGCAAAAUUUUCUGAAAGCCUGAUGGCAGACAAGUUUGAUGAAUACGGCUAUACAUUUAUCGCACCCAGGAUGUACUGCAAGGACUUAAAACCUGACAAGAACAAAAACAACACCGAGUUCCUCAUUGAGUUCAACAAUUACAUCGACACAAAGACUCCAAACAACCCCAUGUGUAACGUGGAGCUGGUGAACCGAUUGCUCCUGGAUGCUGGCAUCACCUCAUCUCUGAUCAAGCAUUGGAAAGGUUAUGAUGCGCAGUCUGGUGUCUUGGCCAGAUUUGUUGCCACCGAUGGAGGGAUCACACGGGUCUACCCCAAAAGUGCCGGGCUGGCCUGGAAAGAAGAAGCAGAGACGUACGAGUCCAGUUUCUAUAAGAGAAGUUUGGACAACGAUCUGUAUAUCUUCACUCCUACACCCUACACCAAAAUAGAAAACUCAAGUGACGACACGGUCCUGGUGAGCAAAGCGGUAAACCUCAACGUAGACGGUAUCACCCUGAAACCAGCUGUGGUCGGCGUGAAGUUGGACAUCAGUGCCUGGAUGACGAGCUUCAUCAACACCACACAGAAGAUCAAUUGCAAUGAUGAGAUCUGUGGCUGUCAGCGAAAUGAUGUGAAUAUAGACUGUGUCAUUCUGGAUGAUGGCGGCUUCCUGGUGAUGUCCAAUCGAGAUGAGCAUAUUGAUCAGAUCGGGCGUUUCUUUGGUAGUAUCGACCCGAUGCUCAUGAUCAACCUGGUCAACUCGUCCCUGUUCACCUUCAUCAAGACCUACGACUACCAGUCGCUGUGUGACCCUGUGAAAGACGGCAAGACGGAUGCAGGCCUGCGAUCCGUCUACGUGCCCACAAUUGCAGAUAUUUUGAAUUUAGGAUGGUUUGCUACAGCUGCAGCUUGGUCAAUACUGCAACAGUUACUGGUCAGCAUCACAUUCCCCAAUUUCCUGGACGCAGCUGAGAUGGAUGAUGACAGGUCAGAUGCCAUGAACAAAGAGGUCUGCAUCACACAGCAAACUCAAUACUUCUUUGAGACCAACAACCUGUCUUUCAGAGGCACAAUCGGCUGUGACAACUGCACCAGGCUCUACCAUGCUGAAAAGCUGCCCAAGACAAACCUGGUCUUUAUCAUCUCUGAUGCAAAACUCUCCUGCUCGUCCUGUGACACUAAGAAGUUAAUACAGGAGGAACAGCAAUCUGAUGGUCCUGAUCCCUGUGAACUGGCUCAGAAUCCUCGUUACAGGAAAGGACCCGCAGUCUGUUUUGAUAACAACGAACACGAGGAGGACCCUGACUGUGGCGGGGCGUCCGGCCUGAGUCCCUCCCUCUGGCUGACGAUGACCCUUCAGCUGGUUCUACUCUGGGUUUUGACUGGCUCCAGACACCACGCCAUCCCAUCAUGACCUCUGAAAACUCCUCAUCAUACCCCCCCCCCCCCUCUCUCUCUCUCCCUCUCUCUGUCUCUCUCUCUCUCCCUCUGUUAUCUCCAAAAUGGCAACCAGCAUGCAACGCUGCCACCGAAUUGACGAACGCCCUGACGAGAGGCGCUGGUCACAAACAAAGAAAAAAACCUGUGAGCCCCACUUCCUGCCACUUUCUCUUUUUGAUACCUUCAUUUUCAGGGGUUUCUCAAAGUGAUUUCACCAGGUGCAAGGGUACAAGUGACGAAAAAGAAAUGUUUACCGGAAGAAAUCUGUUUGAAAGAUAAGAGAGAACUCUUAACCUACGCCUAUCCGUCAUCUCCUCGGUCCCUGCCAGCUGAGAUUAGAGGAAUCCAGACAUUAAUUUUCAUUGGCGACUUCUGAACUGUUUCUGGCUUGAUGUCAUUGAUGAAAGAGAUCGGACUGCCUUUUAGUAUCAGAGGGAUUUAAAUCACCAUGGAUUGGUUGGGGG